AAUGUCCCGCAUAAUGGCUCACCAUGAUGGUAAAUUAUACGCAUAAGAACCCGCAAAAUAUUCCAUUAUGGUAGCAAUGUUUUCAUAUUGCAUUAAUAUUAUAUAGUUUUACCUCUUUUUAAAGCCAUUUAGACAAAGAUACCUUGCAUAACAUAAUUUAUUAGUUUUUUUAUCGAUUAUUUUAUUUACAGAACAUAUUAAUUAACAAAUGGCACCUAAAGAUUUAAAGAAAGGACAGAAACAAAUUGAUAAAGAGAAUGCUGGAAGCCUUCAAUUUUAUAUAUACAUCAUUCUGGGAGUCUCAGCUUUUUAUGUUGUUGUUAGCUUUGCUUUUUUUGAGUUACGAUGGUCAACAUAUCUUGGUUUUUUCAUGCCACUCUUUGUUUAUGCUGGUUCUUACAAGUUUCUAAGUAGCAUAGUGUUGGGUGGAAUGGAUUUAGCUAUGGAAGGUGGAAUGGCUGAGCAUGCCAAAGAUUUAAUACUAGUUACUGCUAUCAUUCAGUUAUUAAGUUUAGUUUCAAAUUAUUUCUGGUUUCUCUGGUUGGUUGUUCCAGGUAGAGCUUUCUAUAUGCUAUGGGUAAACGUUUUGUCACCAUGGUUUUUUGCAGCUCCACCACCUGAGAUGGAUGAAAAACAGCAAAAAAAGUACGAAAAAAAAAUGAAGCGACAAGUUAUUUAUAAAUAGGUUUUAAAUUUUUCAAAGAACUGCAUUCAAAAAACAAAAGAGAUGCUUACUGAAAUAACCAAUUUUAUUUUUUUUGAUAUUUGUGGAAAGUUCAGUCAUUUAAAUUUUAAUAAAAUCUCUUAUAAUAUUUAAUAUACAGAUUAAAUUAAAUUUAACUAUAUCUAAAUUUAACUGAAAUAACCAUACGUGAUUUUUUAAUUUCAAUUUAAGCUACAUGUUAAAUGCUGUUGUUUUAAUAGAAUAUUAAUGUCCCAAGUUUAUGUGCAAAUAAUACUAUUUUUAAAACUUAGUUAGCUAUAACAAAAUAUUGAAGUCUAAAAAUUUACUAUUAUUUAUAAAACGACAAAUAUAGCUUCAUUUUUUUAUAGUACACAUUUUAAUGUUUUUAAGACGCUGGUCGUUUCAUUAACUGGUUAUUUCAGUAGCAAUUUCCUUAAAACUAUACCAUAUUAAUCAUUAGAAGAAACAAAACCAUUAGCGUUAACAUAUACAAAAUUACAGUUUAUUUAACGUUUAAAGAUAAUUUUUAAUUUUUUAAAGCGGCUUUUUCCAAUUUUUUUGAGUUUUUGUGGGUGUAAAGUAAAAGUAUAUACCCGUUUGGUUGUAUAUAAUUGUAUUGAAAAUUUAAAAUAUUUAUUUUAAUUAAAAAUCAGCUUUUAAAAUAACAUAA